GUAGCAUUACUGGGAUUAGAAGUUUUAGGUGCCUUUGUUGACAGACUAUCAGGACGCUUUAAAUGCUAUAUAGGAACUGUUCUUCUGCCUUUGAUAGAUCGUAUGGGAGAUGCCAAAGACCAAGUUCGAGAGCAAGCACAGAAUCUUAUAUUGAAAUUGAUGGAUGAAGCAGCGCCACCCAUGUACGUUUGGGAACGCCUUGCUGUUGGCUUUAAACACAAGAAUUACCGAUCCCGAGAAGGAGUGUGUUUGUGUCUUAUUGCUACCUUAAACACUUAUGGUGCACAAUCAUUAAGCCUCAGCAAGUUGGUACCGCAUUUGUGUACAGCAUUUGGUGACUCCAAUAGUCAGGUGAGAGACAGUGCCAUACUAGCCAUCGUAGAGGUUUAUAGACACGUGGGUGAGAAAGUACGAAUAGAUCUCACGAAGAGAGGAAUUCCUCCUGGAAGAAGAGGCAUACGAGUGUUUGAUGAAAAGCAGCCUUAUGUUCGCCAGUUAAAAUCCCCUGACUUUAAGAGAAACUGA